AGUGACACAACGGAACACAAAAAUAACGACCAGCUUAGCGUCAAGACUCUAGAACACAAUGUCUACAUUCUAGUGUUCUCUCCAGAGUGUUCUAUCCAGAGUGUUCUAUCCAGAGUGUUCUAUCUAGAGUGUUUUAUCCAGAGUGUUCUAUCUAGAGUGUUCUAUCUAGAGUGUUCUAUCCAGAGUGUUCUAUCUAGAGUGUUCUAUCCAGAGUGUUCUAUCUAGAGUGUUCUAUCUAGAUUGUUCUGUGCAGAGUGUUCUGUGGCUGGGCUGUGGAUCACAAUGGGACUCCAUAGAAGAGGAUUCUAACUAGGCCGUCUCUGUUAUUUGCGAGUUGAAUAAUUAAUCCCUUGGUUGGAGGCAGCAGGGCAACAUGAAGACGGUGGUGCUACUGGUGUGGAUCAGCUGCUGGAUCGAUGUAUGUACCAGUGCCCAGGGUCGUUAUGCCCAGAAAUUGCUUAAUGACCUGAUGGAAAAUUACUCGAGUGCCCUGAGACCAGUAGAGGACACGGACAAGACCCUGAACGUCACACUACAGAUCACCCUGUCUCAGAUCAAAGAUAUGGACGAGAGGAACCAGGUGUUGACUACCUACCUGUGGAUCCGUCAGACGUGGUUUGAUGCAUACCUGAAGUGGGAUAAAGAGGAAUACGAUGGACUGGAGGUUAUCCGCAUCCCCAGUAACCUGGUCUGGAGACCUGACAUAGUGCUCUAUAACAAGGCUGAUGAGGAAGCAUCUGGUCCAGCAGACACCAACGUGGUGUUACGUUACAAUGGAGAGAUAACCUGGGACAUGCCGGCCAUCACCAAGAGCUCCUGUGUUGUGGACGUCUCCUACUUUCCCUUCGACUGGCAGUGGUGUAACCUCACGUUUGGGUCCUGGACAUACAACGGCAACCAGGUGGACAUUGCCAUGGGGAUGGACAGUGGGGACCUGUCGGACUUUGUGGAGAACGUGGAGUGGGAGUGUCACGGAAUGCCGGCGGUCCGGAACGUCAUCAUGUACGGCUGCUGCUCAGACCCGUAUCCUGACAUCACCUACACCCUCCACCUGAAGAGACGGUCUCUCUUCUACAUCUUCAAUCUGCUGCUGCCCUGCUUCCUCAUCUCCUUCCUAGCCCCCCUGGGUUUCUACCUGCCCGCUGACUCAGGAGAGAAGGUUUCUCUGGGCGUGACAGUUCUACUGGCCCUCACUGUCUUCCAACUGAUGGUGGCAGAGAGCAUGCCUCCCUCAGAGAGUGUUCCCUAUAUAGGGAAGUCUACAUGGGCCAUGACGAUGAUCACGGCCUCGACAUCUCUGACCAUCUUCAUCAUGAACAUCCAUUUCUGUGGUGCAGAGGCCAAGCCUGUUCCUCACUGGGCCAAGGUACUCAUCAUCGACUACAUGUCUAAGAUCCUGUUUGUGUACGAGGUGGGGGAGAACUGCACUACACCAGAGAGUGAGAGAACACCUCUCUACAGUGAGGAACCAAUGUCGGGCAACUCCGCCCUGGCACGGAACCAUUACCACGACGACCUCUACCAUGACGGCUGUUACCAAGACGACUGCCAUCGCCUCGGUCCGUAUCAGUACGGCAAUGGGCACCUCCAAAAUCACCUCGACAACAGUCGCUACGCUAACGGCGGUCACCGCGACGAUCCUUACAGUAACCGUAGUAACCGGAACCAUCACAGCAACCCGAGCCAGACCUCCAAGGGGGAAGGGGGCGAGGAGAAGAGGGAGCCCCUGAGACAUUACCACCACAUCGGGAGAGAGGAGCUGGACUAUCAGGCACCCCCUCCAGGGAACCUCCAGAAUGGUGGGCUGAAUGAGCCGCUGCCUUACCCCAAGGAGAAGCACCUCAACCCAGCCUCGGCCCCAGCCUGCUCCUGCCCCUGCCCACACCACAAACAGGUGGUGUAUAACAUUCAGUACAUCGCCAACUGUUUCCGGGAGCAACGGGCCACGUGUGCGAAAGGGGCGGAGUGGAAGAAGGUUGCCAAGGUGAUGGACCGGUUCUUCAUGUGGAUCUUCUUCAUCAUGGUCUUCCUCAUGAGUAUCCUCAUCAUCGGCAAGGCGACUUGACGG